AUAAUAAAAAAAAAAGAAACUUGAAAACAUAUAGUAUUUAUAAUUUGUAAAAUUUGUUAAUUAGAAGAUAGAUUUUUUACAAACAUGGGUGCUUCCGGAAAAUGGAUGAAAGCACUUAUUCUAAAUAAGAAAACUACUGACAAAGUUGAUCAUCAGGAAAAAGUUCGUGGGAAGAAAUGGAAGCUAUGGAGGAGUUCAUCAGGGGAAAUGGGUUGGAAGGGAUUUAAAGGAAGUUACAGAGGAACCGCAUCGGAUGGAUCGGAUGCAUCUUCAGUUAUUGAUUCUGAUGCUUUUUCGGCUGCGGUUGCGACGGUUGUUAGAGCUCAGCCUAAAGAUUUCAAGGCUGUUAGACAAGAAUGGGCUGCUAUUCGUAUCCAAACCGCUUUUCGUGGCUUUUUGGCAAGAAGAGCACUAAGAGCUUUAAGAGGAGUGGUAAGGAUUCAAGCAUUAGUUCGCGGGCGGCAAGUCAGGAAACAAGCUGCUGUGACUCUGCGGUGUAUGCAGGCUCUGGUCCGUGUGCAAGCCAGGGUCAGGGCUCGUCGGGUGCGCAUGUCCAUUGAAGGUCAAGCUGUCCAACAAAUGCUUGAUGAACGCCGCACACAAGCUGAGCUUUUAAAAGAGGCCGAGGAAGGAUGGUGUGAUCGUAGAGGAACUUUACAAGAGGUUAAAGCAAAGAUUCAAAUGAGGCAAGAAGGGGCAUUUAAACGUGAACGAGCACUGGCAUAUGGCCUCGCUCAGAAGCAAUGGAAAUCAAGCCAAGGAUUGGGAUCAAAAACAAGUGGUUCACUAACAUCUCUGAAGAGCCAACAGUUUGACAAGAAUAACUGGGGUUGGAGUUGGUUAGAAAGAUGGAUGUCUGCCAAACCAUGGGAGAACCGAUUAAUGGAGCAAGGUCAAAACAACCCAUUAGAAACAACUCCACCAUCCAAGAUUAACCCCAAUCAGAAAGAAACAAGCAUGAUGAAAGUCUCAGAUCCCGAGUUUGUCAAAGUCAGAAAAAACAAUAUUAGCACUAGAAUCUCAGCAAAACCCCCUCAAAUUGCUGGUCAACGCACUCGUUCAUCAUCUAGCCCAAGCUCUGAGUUCCGAUAUGAUGAGAGCUCGGGUUCUUCGUCUUUAUGCACAUCAACAACUCCCAUUUCCAUGGAAAGAACAGAAGUGAAAACCCAUAACAAUAAUAACAGUAAACCAAGCUACAUGAGCUUGACUGAAUCAACAAAAGCUAAGCAAAGAAACCCGUCUCCUAGAAUCUACAGACAGUCGAUGGAUGACUUCCAGUUUCUUAAAAACUCGGGGGUGUUAUGCAAUGUUGACUCGAACAGUAGUAAUUGUUCUGACCCUGCAUCAGUAAACUUGUCUAUGUCUAGGCCUCUGUCCACCCGAAUGGAGAAAAGCUCAGGGAAUCUGAGGAAUAGAAGUUGCUAUGCUUAAGAGUUGAGAUGGUAAUUGUUUGUUGUUAAGUUCAACAACUUGUUGUCCUGUAAUCCUUAUGGUGUGUGUAGAGUAGUAAGUUAUGUAAUUGGAAGAUUUUGAUGCUUUUCAAUUUUUGAUUUGUUAAAAAUUGAUGGAUUGAAAUGAAGUGUGAUAAAUUUGGUGUUUGGAAACAAAACUA